AUGACCACCAAAGCGUCCGCAGCAAACCUCACUGCGAACGCGCAGUGCAACCCGCAGCCGCAAGCUUCAACAAUUCCAUUCGCAACGCAACCCCACAGGAUGACUUCCAAGGUGGUCAAGGGAAUCGAAAAGGUGACACUAGUUUCUGUGAUCAAGACCGUUGUGGUGGAAGAGCUCAAGACUGCCAUGAUUGUUGAGAUCACGACCAUCGUGGGUUCGGAGAUCAGGUCCAUACUGGCGAAAAUCUUGACCGACAACCAUCAACAAAACGAAGAAGUGACCCUGAUGCGCCAACGACUCAAUCAGUCGGUGAGAUGGGUCAAGCAGCUAGAGCAACGAUCGCUAAAGAAUCCUGUUGCAGCAUCAACUCGCGCGGCAGAGACGAAGAAGACGGUGGUACAUCGUGGUGCCAACACUAUUCUUCAAUUCUAA